AUGGCGUGGAGGGGACAAUUGUCGCGGAAUCUAAAGGAACUUAGGCUCCUUUUUUGCCAAACUUCAUCUGCUACUGCGCCGGCUAGGUCAUUUGUGGAGAAGAAUUACAUGGAUCUAAAGAAGCAAAAUCCUAAGUUCCCAAUAUUAAUCUAUGAGUGCAGAGGAGUCGAGCCUCAGCUCUGGGCAAGAUACGAUAUGGGUGUCGAAAGGGGCAUUCGGUGGGCUUAUGAUGUUGCUUGGUGGUGGUUUUGCGAUGGUGACCGAGGAUCAGUUGUAUUUGGCUUUGAGAUGGUGGAGAUUGGAGUGGGGACUUACGAUUGGGGAAGGUGGUCAACAAUUUGGGCUGUAGCUGAGGUAGGUGAGGCAGAAUACUGGAGGAAGAUGGGUCGUCUAGCGAUUGAUUUGCAGUGA